AUGUCUAGCCCGAUCAAGGUCGCAGUUCUUGAUGACUACCAGGGCAUCUCGGAGCCCAAAUUCAGGGCCCUGGACCCGGCCAAGUUCGAGGUGUCCUUCUUUAAGGACACGCUCCGGCCUUACAAUCACCCCGACACCCCGCAGGAGGUCAAGGAUGAGCUGGUUGCCCGCCUGGAGCCGUUCACCGUGAUCUCCACGAUGCGCGAGCGCACCCCCUUCACGGCCGAGCUGAUCGCCCGCUUGCCCAACCUCAAAUUACUCCUCACCACGGGCAACCGCAACCGCGGGCUGGACCUCGACGCCUUUCAAGCGCGGGGCAUCCCCGUUGCUGGCGCGGUGGACCGCAACAGUUCGGUCGGCUCCGAGUCGACGACCGAGCACUGCGUCGCCAUGAUCCUCGCGGCAGCCCGCAACAUUGCCCAGGAUGACCUCUCAGUCAAGACGGGAGGGUGGCAGACCGUGCCGGCGGUUGCGCUCGGGGGCAAGGUGUUUGGGACGGUGGGGCUUGGCCGACUGGGCACGGCGGUCGGACGCAUCAUGCACCUUGCGUUCGGGAUGCGCGUGGUGGCGUGGAGCGAGAACUUGACGCAGGAGCGGGCGGACGAGAAGGCGCGGGAGGCCGGGCUGCCGGUGGAGGACGCACGGGGCGAGAAGACGUUUAAGGUGGUGAGCAAGGAGGAGCUGUUCCGGACGGCCGACGUGGUGAGCCUGCAGCUGGUGCUGUCAGACCGGUCCAGGGGUUGUAUCACAGCGAAGGACCUGGAGUUGAUGAAGCCGACGGCCAUCUUCGUCAACACCUCGAGGGGCCCCCUGGUGGUUGAGAAGGACCUGCUGGAGGUGUUGGAGCAGGGCAAGAUCCGGGCGGCCGCGCUCGACGUGUUCGACUUGGAGCCGCUGCCGCUGGAUAGCCGGUGGAGGACGACCAAGUGGGGGGAGGACGGCCGGAGCCGGGUGCUGCUGACGCCGCAUAUGGGCUAUGUUGAGGAGGCGACUCUGAAUGGAUGGUACGACAUGCAGGUAGAAAACCUGCUACGGUGGGAGAAGGGCGAGGAGCUGCUCCUCCGGCUUUGUUAG